AUGUCCGCUAGGGCGACAAGCCCCGCUCUGCCCCCCCCUUCUCUCAAUUCCGCCUCUCGCUCUGCACUCUCGACGAAAGGCACCUGCGGCGGCCGACCGGGACUGUCUUCUUCCCCGCUUUGCAGCGCGGUUUCCUCACUUCCUUCUUCCCUUUCUUCCGGACUGGGACUUUCUCCAGUCCAACCUGGAAAGAAUGGUUCCCGCCCUGCGCAGCCGCAGCCCCCGUCUCGGUUCUUCGCCUCCAGCGUGGCGACGGGCGGGGCGUUUAACUUGGAGGGGAAAAUCCAGGUUGCGAACCCAGUUGUGGAGAUGGACGGCGACGAAAUGACCCGGAUUCUUUGGGCGUGGAUCAAAGAAAAGCUCUUGUUCCCGUACCUUGAACUCCCGCUCGAGUACUACGACUUGAGCGUCACGAACCGCGACCAGACGGAAGACAAGGUGACUCUGGAGGCUGCAGAGGCCAUUAAAAAGUGCCACGUCGGGAUCAAGUGUGCAACAAUCACGCCCGACGAAGGACGCGUCAAGGAAUUCAAUUUGAAGAAGAUGUGGAAAAGCCCAAACGGCACGAUCAGGAAUAUUUUGGACGGCACGGUCUUUCGCGCCCCCAUCUUGAUCAGCAACGUACCGCGCUUGGUGCCUGGAUGGAAAAAGCCGAUUGUGAUUGGUCGUCACGCCUACGGUGACCAGUACAAGGCAGAGUCGCUCGUCUGCGAAGGCCCAGGAGACUUCACCAUUUCCUUCACCCCUGCUGGAGGUGCACGCGUGGAGAAGAAAGUUUUCUCUUUCAGCGGCCCCGGCGUCAUGCUCGGCAUGUACAACACAGAAGCCAGCAUCCGCGGAUUCGCUCUCAGCUCCUUCAAAUUCGCGCUGCAACAGAACAUGCCGCUGUACUUGAGCACGAAGAACACGAUUCUGAAGCAGUACGACGGCAUGUUUAAAGACAUUUUCCAGGCGUAUUACGAUGAGCAAUUUAAGCCCUUGUUCGAGAAGCAAGGCAUUUGGUACGAACACCGAUUGAUCGAUGAUAUGGUGGCUCAGGCUCUCAAGUCGGAGGGUGGAUUUGUCUGGGCGUGCAAGAACUACGAUGGCGAUGUCCAGUCCGAUAUUGUCGCCCAGGGCUACGGGUCGCUGGGUUUGAUGACCUCCAUUCUGGUCUGCCCAGACGGGAAGACGGUCGUGAGUGAGGCUGCGCACGGCACCGUCACGCGCCACUACCGUCAACACCAGAAAGGGCAGAAAACAUCGACGAAUCCCAUCGCCUCGAUCUUCGCCUGGACUCGUGGCCUGGCUCACAGGGCGAAGCUGGACGGCAACGACCGCCUGGGACAGUUCUGCCUCGCUCUCGAGCGCGCGUGCAUCCAGACAGUUGAGAACGGCGCGAUGCCGAAGGACCUCGCGAUCUGCGUCAAAGGCGCCGACAAAGUUACGGCCAACGACUACCUGACAACUGAGGAAUUCAUGGAUGCGAUUUCCGACACUCUCAAGAUGAACUUGAUCACCCACCAAGCCCCGCAGGCUGACCAAGUUGUUGGUGGGAAGCUCUCGAACUCGAACUGGGAACACUACGCGGCUUCCGAGCACAACUCCUCAGUAGACGAUCAUGAUGACAACCAGCGACGAUGA